UCUUUUCCCCAGACCCAAACAAUCACCCCACACACUCCCAUCACGCGUAGGCUUAAUUCUUCUUAAUACCUCGCAUUAGUUCUUCGUUAGAAGAACGACUAGAGGUAUCGUAACUCUUGAACACUCGUUUCGAUCCAUUUUAAUUUCAUUCGAUCCCUCAUUUUGCGCGCAAUUAUGCGUUACUUUCCCCUCGCGCUGGUCGUCGCGGCCUUGUGCUGCGCCGUCCGCGCGGACUGGCUUAGCUGGUCUGGUGGCGGCGAUGGUGGUCUUACUGCCAUUCCGCGCGAGACUGGCGAUGUUUCUUACGCUUCUGACGGUUGGUCGCCUAAGAUCACUGCCGCUCCUACUGUAGUUCAGUCCGAUGGUGAACGCGUGUUGGAGAUUCUUCAGCGUGGAGACACUGCCUCUAGCUGGAUCAAUGCCGAGACUUGUGGAUGGAUCUCUGGUUCGGAAUCUUCUUCGUUCGGUUGUGGCGACAAUGGAACUUGUGUCACCAAUGACAACCACAUCGUUGCUUGUGCCACUGGCACUUAUUCACCCUUCUACUCGAUGUGUCUGAACUACGACGCAUACACGAGUGGAUCUUGCAAGAACGAUGAUUCGUCUACUGGAUGCUGUAUGAGUACGGACUUUCCCGAAUGCGUAACCUACCUCUGGGUGGACCCUCCCCAGCGUUCAAUGUACCGUUGCUGGAAGUCUAAGGCUGUGAUCACGAUGCUCGACAAGCCGGAGAUCAUCGAGGACCAGACGACUUAUUCAACCACCUCCAGCGCAGUACCCCGCGUAGACGGCACCUCGACGGAUUCCAACAACGACAACAACUGGCAACCCAGUAUCGGCCUCCAAAUCGGCGCAGUCCUCGGCACCCUCGCGGGCAUCUUACUCGUCGCAUUCGGAUGCUACCGUUGUCACAAGUGUCACCUCCGACACACGUUAGCCACAGCCAACGACCACGACGACGUGCGCGCACACUUGGACUCUCUGUUCCGCAACGGCGUGAUCGGGCACACAGAGGUAAGAACCACCGCCCAAGGCGGCAUCGUGAGCAGCGAAACGGUAGCCAUCCUCCGCCGGGGCGCCGAGUCUCGUCGCCUUGGCCUGCGCGACGAGAUCAUCACGCGUCCCCGCACCGCCGCGCAACGCAACCACCACCGCACCCGUCGUACGUACCCCCAGCUAAUCGAUCAUCAUCCCCAGACCCCCGACCAGAGCCGCAUCCACAGCCGCAACCGCCACGGGUACAUUCAUCUCGACCACGUGAACCCGACCUCCUCGACCGCGGCUAUGUACGGCUCGCCGCCGAACCCGCCCUCCUACGACAUGCACCUGGAAAGCCCGCGUCUGCGCGCCCCAGGCGGGACAUACACCGAAGCCGUCGCAGCCGCCAUGGCUCUCGGCGCCGCGAACCGUCGCGUCGAAACGCCUCCGCCGACGUACCAGCCCGGUUUCCUCUCGGACUCCACGCUCGGCUUCGGCGGCCUGAGUACCGGCGGUUUGGCGCGCGAAGACAGCCAGCCCAACUGGAUCGAGCUGUCGCGUUCGUCCCCCACUCUGCCCGCCGCGGCGCGCCGCGCGACGAUGUGGCCGUUCGUGGGUAAUGAGCGAAUCCCCGAGAGCUCGACUUGGCAGGAUGUCAGCGGUAGUGUGCUGAGUCGUGAGGGCGAGGAUGAGACGAUGCGAUCUGGAGAGACUGCUGUUGCUGCUGAGGAGGAGGAGGAGGAGGAGGAGCAGCCGGUUUUUGGAUCGACGCGUCGAGGGUUUAAGUAGGUGGGGUUGGUGACGUCUGACGCCUGGGUUCGCCUCGGAUAUGAAGGCGUUUGGGGUGGUUAUGGUGACGAUAGGAAAAAAGAGGGGGUCCGUUGGAUUGCGCUUGUCUCGCGCCUUUGGGAGCUGGGAACGGUGGCUCUCAUUCAAUUUUCAAGAC